UCUUAUCCUGAACGACCAAUGAACAACGCCCUCGUCCGAUAAAUCCAUAUAUCAACCAUGUCCCUCCUGCUGGUUCUCCUGCACCUCCGAUCGUCAAUCGGUUCAGAUACGUCGUGUUACGCCGUCUGACUCGUUCCUCCGGUAACCCGAUUCAACUCAGUACAACCCGGUCAGGUAUGGAACCGAUGGAUAUCGUCGGUAAGUCAAAAGAAGACGCUUCGCUUCCGAAAGCAACCAUGACCAAGAUCAUUAAGGAGAUGUUGCCUCCAGAUGUACGCGUCGCAAGAGACGCUCAAGAUCUUCUCAUCGAGUGUUGUGUAGAGUUUAUAAAUCUCAUCUCAUCAGAGUCUAAUGAAGUUUGUAGCAGAGAGGAGAAAAGAACAAUAGCUCCUGAGCAUGUGCUCAAGGCUUUGCAGGUUCUUGGGUUCAGUGAGUACAUUGAAGAAGUUUAUGCAGCAUAUGAACAACACAAGAUUGAGACUGUGCAUGAUGUAGCCAAGAGUGUCAAAUGGGGCAAUGGAGCAGAGAUGACUGAGGAACAAGCCUUGGCCGAGCAGCAGAGGAUGUUUGCUGAGGCACGUGCCAGAAUGAAUGGAGGUGCAACUGCGCCCAAGCAACCAGACCCAGACCAAACUUUAGAGAGCUAACUCGUUAGGAUAUCCUUCAUUUUCCUUCAACCGUAGGCAGGCUCAUCGAUUGAGCUUCUCUCUAAAAGUUAUGUACAAAUUCAUUUGACUAGCCAGCAGGCCCAUCUCAAUAUGCACUCCUAUGUUGUAUUCUCGUUAUGGAUCCAUGUCUAUUAGUGAAUGUAAUUAGUGCGAGUUUAUCCGAA